UUUUACCCUUUCCUAUAACUUCCUGUUUGAUUUUUGAGAAUAUUUCAAGGAAAAGAUGCACAAUCUGUAUCUUAGGAGGGUCUUGCUAACCUGUUAUAAUAAAACACACGGUGUUGUGAAUGUGCAGAUUUGUAGAUCAUAUUGUGAUAGACAACCAAAGACUGAUCAAAUUCAGCUGUCUAGAAAAUCUCCAAAAACUGAAAGAAGAGAUCAGAUCGGACCACCUGAUGUAAAAUCAAAUCUCCGACAUGUCAAGUUCCAUGUACCAGAGAAUGAAACUGCUAGUGAACGUGCUUUUAGGGAGCGCAUGGAAGAAAUCCAACAAUGGAAUCAAGAUUUCUGGGAAAAUCAUAAUAAUUUAUACCGUAAGGCCAAAAAAGAAUAUGUCGCCGCCAAAUUAGAUCAACUCGGACAUUUUCACGAUGAUGGGACAAAAAGAAACUUGUCACCGGAUGAGAUGGCAGAUUUUUAUAGAGAAUUCUCAAUAGAAAAUAGAAAUAAACACAUAAGAUAUAAUAAAGAAUGGUAUAAAAUGAACAUUUUAUCCUUAUGGCCAGCGUUGAAAUUAGCCACAUCCCAGAUCUUUAAAGCAAAAACAUGACACAAUGCAUCCUCAGAUUCACCAUUGACUAUUUUAGAAGGAACUGCCACAUUUCAUGGAUACAAAAUACACUGAAAAUCCUCUCUAAACCUAAUAGCUGAUUCGAAAGUGCAUCACCCAGAAGUUGACAUUUCAUUCAUCAGUUAAGUUACAGAUUGAUCUGUUUAUAUGGACUAUAGAUUAAGGCUUAUCAAUGAAACUAGAAUAUAUAGAGAUUAUACGAUACGAGGUUUGGGAAUUUAUACUCAGAUUAUCAUAUUGUGUUCUGUAAUCUUAAUCAAAACAAAACAAAUGUAUUGUAAUUUCUAUGUACAAUCAUCUAUGCAUACCCGUUAUUUACAAUAAUUUGCUGUACAAUAAAUUCAUAAUAAAAUACAAAUCAAAUACAGUUGAGUAUGUCAUUUUAUAUUUUAAUGGAGAUUGGAUUCACAGGAAAAUGUUGCAUGACAUUCUGCCCUUCUACAAUACAAGCCCUGAAGACAUUAUUUUUGUAUUAUUUUAUCCAAAAUCACUAAAAUUGCAUUAGGAAGAGCCACCAAAAUUUAUGUAAAGAUAAACAUUGGUAGCUUACACGUAAAUGUUAAAAAAUAGUACCAUGGGUACUGGGCU